AUGAAGGUUAGACAGAAUCCUCUCUGGGGAGCUGCCAACACAGCUCUGACCCGAUGGCUUCCGGCUGAGUAUGAGGAUGAUGCAACACAACCUAAAGGCUGGAACACCGGACGACAAUACAACGGCUUCCAACUUCCACUGGUUCGUGACGUCAGUGUGAAAGUGAUGCACAGCUCCAGCGCUCCGGUCCUGAAGGAUCAUGAAUAUUCACAGAUGCUGGUGGACUGGGGUCAGUACAUCGACCACGACAUCUCCUUCACACCACAAACAGCAUUUUCACAAGGACUCAACUGUCUACACACCUGCAGAAACCACAAUCCCUGUUUCCCCAUACAGAUUUCCAGGAAUGACAGACUGUCUGGCAGUAAAAACUGUCUUCCAUUUUCCCGUUCUUCACCCGCCUGCCCAGACGUUCAUCAGCUCGACUCACGACACACACUUCAGCGUCAACAAAUGAAUUCAGUCUCUUCCUUCAUAGACGCGUCCACCGUCUACGGUCAUUCAGAGCCGCUGGAGAAAACCCUGAGAAAUCUCUCCAGUACCGAAGGCUUGCUGGCUGUCAACAGAAAAUACACCGAUCGCGGUCGAGCGUACCUUCCGUCUGUCACCGGCGGUCCGUCCUCAUGCUUCCAGCAGCCCGGGUCAGCCGAGGGUGACCGGGUGGAAUGUUUCGUGGCUGGAGACACCAGAGUCAAUGAGAUUCUGCCCCUGUCUGCCCUUCACACGCUCUGGGUGAGAGAACACAACCGAGUGGCCGAACACCUGAGACGUCUCAACCCUCACUGGAGGUCAGAGGUCGUCUACCAGGAGACGCGUAAGAUCAUCGGAGCGCUCCAUCAGAUUAUAACCAUGAGGGAUUACAUUCCAAAAAUCAUCGGACAAGAAUGGUUUGACAAGUAUCUUGGAGAAUAUGAGGGUUAUGACGCCUCUUUAAAGCCGUCCGUAUCAAACGUGUUCGCCAGCGCCGCGUUCCGCUUCGGCCACGCCACCAUUUCAGCAACACUCAAGAGACUCAAUGAGAGCCUUCAGGAACAUGAGCGCUUCUCUUCCGUGGAUCUCCAUCAGACGUUCUUCAGCCCGUGGAGACUGGUUAGAGAAGGUGGUCUUGAUCCGGUUCUGCGUGGUCUUCUGGGCCGCUCAGCUGCUCUUCAGAAUCAAGAUCAUCUGAUGACGGAGGAGUUAACAGAAAGACUCGUAGUUGUCAACAUCCCAGCGUCUCUGGACCUGGCUUCUCUAAACCUGCAGAGAGGACGAGACCACGCCUUACCAGGUUACAAUGACUGGAGGAUUUUCUGCGGAUUCGACCGGAUUGAAACUGAAUCAGAUCUUGUAGACGUGGUCGGCAGUGAUGUUCUGGUGGCGAAAAUCCUGCAGGUGUACGGACAUAUAAAUAAUAUUGAUGUGUGGCUCGGUGGACUGAUGGAGCGUCCGCUGCCUGGCGCUCGCACCGGCCCGCUCUUCGCAUGCUUGAUCGCUAAACAGAUGAAGACGUUAAGAGAAGGUGACAGAUUCUGGUGGGAAAAUCCUGAGAUCUUCUCCGUCCAGCAGAGACGGGAACUAGAAACACACUCUCUGUCUCGUGUCAUCUGUGAUAACAGCGGCGUGAUGGAGGUUCCUCUCGAUUCAUUCAGGGUGGGACGUUACCCGGAGGAUUUCCGUUUCUGUGGUAACAUCCCAUCAUUAGACCUGGAGGCAUGGAAGGAGAAUCCAGACAUCUGCACGCUUUAGAUCUGUGUAUUUCAGACGCUUCUGAUGUCUUUGAUGAUGUUGGUUUUAAUGUAAAGGGACUCUUUGCCCAGAAAUGAAAAUUCUGUCCUCAU